AUGCCCUCCGAAGACCGGCCACACGAUGAAAAAUCACAGCCGCCUACCCGCUCGCCUCCCAAGCCCAGCAUCUUCACCGUCCCCGCGCCCAUAAAGCGCCUCUUCGACCGCUUCCCGCUCACCACCUAUCCAGCGAACGAACUCCCAGCGCGUUCACCACGAAACCGCCACCAGAAUGUGCUGUACAUAUUUGCGACUCCCUCGGGCGCUGUAUCAGGAGCCCCAUCCUAUAACCCGAGUUGUCUGAAGUGGCAGACAUAUCUCAAGUUCAGCGACGUCGACUUCCGACUGGUUGCGUCGAAUAAUCAUGCUUCUCCUAGCGGCGCGCUGCCCUUCUUACUCCCUUCGACGCACGAUACUGCGAAGCCGGCAUCGCCAAUUCCGUCGGGAAAGUUGCAGAAAUGGGCUUUAGAGAAGAGGAAACGGAGGGUCGAGGAGCCGGAGGAUAUGCGGUAUGAGGCGUAUCUGUCACUCCUCGACCACCUAAUACGGAAGGCUUGGCUCUAUACGCUCUACCUUACGCCCAACUUUACGUCUAUUGCGGAACCCCUCUAUGUCCUUCCGAUUUCGACGAAUUCGAUGGUUCGGCUUACCACUGCGUAUGAAUUGCGUAAAGCGGCGGAGAUUGAACUGCUGAAGAAUUCUGUGGUCAUUGAUGCCGAGACGCUGUAUACGGAUGCUGAAGAGGCGCUUGGGGCUUUGGAGACGGUGCUGGGAGAUCAAGAUUGGUUCUUUGGCGCUAAAGAACCGGGGCUUUUUGAUGCCAGCGUAUUCGCAUACACGCAUCUGCUGCUAGACGCCCAUCUCGGAAACGGCUGGGCGGAACCGCGUCUCCGAAACAGUGUGCUGGCUCGGGGAAACUUGGUGGCUCAUCGGGACAGGAUACUCGCAGGAUACUAUCCCGGCGCGUAG